AUGAAGACUCGGGCCCACCAGCAGCCCCAUCUUCUGAAAGGGAAGAAGAAAUGGUUUCUGUGGGCCCUCGGCGGCUUCCUCUUCCUGUUCUCAGUGACCAUGACUGGCUGCUUCCUCUGGCAGUACUACCUUCCCAAGCUGCAGACCGGUUCCUUGAAGCCAGAGGAGCCCCCAGCCCCAGUGAGGAUGUGUCCCCGGCAUCCUGAGCUUGUGCCUCUUACUCAUCCCCUGCCGGUGCUGAAGGAGGCCUUGGAGAAGGUGGAUGGGAUUCUGCGGAAGGCGAUGUUGGCCCCAGGCCUGGCUGCCAUGUCUGCCCUCGUCAUCCAUAAUGACACGGUGCUCUGGACUGGGAACUUCGGGAGGAAGAAUGGCUCAGAUCCAAAUUCCGGAAGCCCUAAUGAGUAUACCAUGUACCGGAUUGCCAGCAUCUCCAAGAUCUUCCCUGUCCUGAUGCUGUAUCGCCUGUGGGAGGAGGGCAUCGUGGACUCCCUGGAUGACCCUCUGGAGAGAUAUGCCAGCACCUUCUCCAUCAACAACCCACUGGGCACAGCCCAAGGCUCCGAAGCACAGGGCCCGACGGGGGAGUUUGAAGAGAUGGGCUCCCUCCCAAGGCCAUCCCCUGUCACUCUCCGGAGGAUGGCCAGUCAGCUGUCAGGACUUCCCCGAAGACUCCGGGGCACUUCACUGCUGUGGAAGGGUAGCACCCAGGAGGCUCUGAGCCUGCUCAAGGAUGAUGUCCUGGUGGCUGACCCAGGAACCAGAUGCCACUACAGCACGCUGGCCUUCUCUCUCCUAGCCCAUGUGCUGGCUGCGCACAGGGCACAGGGCGACUACGAGCGCUGGGUGUCUGAGCAGGUGCUGGAGCCGCUGGGGAUGAGUGACACCGGCUUUGCACUGACCGGAGCAGUCCGUGCACGUCUGGCUGCUGGCUUCUAUGGUAGCGGCAGGUCCGCCCCGCUCUACGAUCUGGGCUGGUACCGGCCAUCGGGCCAGAUGUACUCGACAGCUGCAGACCUGGCCAGGCUUGCUGCUGCGCUCCUGGGUGCAGGACCUCGACGGCUGCUACGGCCCGACACCCUGGCCACACUGCUAGCACCACUGCGCGCCUGCGCCCACGGCUACUUUGCUAGUGAAACCGGCACACCCUGGGAGUUCCACGAGAGACGCGGAUACCGCGUGGCGCGCAAGGAUGGCGACUUGGACGGCUAUGCCGCCAGCCUGGCGCUCGUGCCACCGCUGCGCUUGGGAUUCGUGCUGUUGCUGGCCGGGCCUCGCCCUCCCGCGCGCGACCUGGUGGCUGACGCCCUGGACACGCUGCUGCCUGCCCUGGAGCGUGCGCUGCGCGAUGCUGAGCUUGCCCCCGCGCCCCCGCCCCGCGCGCGCCCGUUCGCCGGCUUCUUCACCUUUGCCAACCGCACCUUCUACGAGGUGCGCGCCGCCGGGCCGCGUGGCGAGUUGCGCUUGCGCCAGUUUGGGCCGCGCGUGGAGGCGCUCGUGCCCGCCGCCUUCCGAUCGCUCGCUCUGCGCCACGUGCGCGGCCGCGUCUUCCAGUUGCACGUGGCGCGCGAGUUCCCGUGCGCGCUGCCGCUCGCAGACGCCUGGCUGUCUCUGGAGGCCCAGCACGGGCAGUUGGUGCGCUUCUACCCGCUGGAUCGCCACGGGCUGGCGCCGGGCUUCGACGUACCGGGCCUCAACACCUACGGGGUGCUGCGUCUGCCACGCAGGCCGGUGUUCGGCUCCCAGUGA